UCAUUUUAAUGUGACAAUCGAUUUUUGUGGACGCAUUCUGUGGAUUUUCAAAUAGUUUUUCGAUCAAUUCAAUUUUGCUGCUUAUUUAAAUAAAAACGUUUACAUCUUUGUUCAUCGCUUUCAAAGAGACAAUUUCAGAGAAUGAAGUUGACAUUGUUCGUUUUGUUCUGCAUUUUGCAGUCAAUUUUAAGUGCUAAACUUCCGAGUGUUCAGAUUGGAUUCCCACCGCUAUCCGAUCGAAUUGUCGGAGGAACCGAUGCUGAAGAUGGCCAGGCACCGUAUCAAUGCUCGUUGCAGCAAAAUGGUCGUCACUUUUGUGGGUGUGCGAUUAUUUCAGAGCAAUGGAUCCUCUCAGCCGCUCAUUGUCUUGCAAUAGGAAUUAAUGGCGUCGAGGUUUUAGUAGGAACAAAUGACCUGCAGUCUGGUGGAACUCGUUACACUCCCAAAAAAUACAUUGUCCACGAAAAAUAUAAUCAACCAGACUUUGCAAAUGACAUUGGAUUGAUUCAAGUGGAAAAGAUUGAGUUUAAUAAGAAAGUGCAGCCCAUCAAAUAUUCAUCAAAAUUUGUAGAAGGUGGUGCCGCACUUUUGGCCACUGGAUGGGGAAGACUGAGUGCCGGAGGACAAGUUCCACAACUUUUGCAAGCGAUCAAUUUGACGUCGAUUACAAACGAGGAAUGUACAGCUGCCCAGGGUGAUGUUGUUGAUGCUAGCCACUUGUGUACAUUCACAAAAGCCGGCGAAGGAGUUUGUAGUGGUGACUCUGGAGGACCGCUUGUCUUAGGCGAUGAAGUCGUUGGCUUGGCCAAUUGGGCUGUUUUGUGUGCUCGUGGCUAUCCAGAUGGUUUCGCCAGAAUUUCCUAUCUCUACGACUGGAUCAUAGAAAAUAUUAAGUAAACAGAGCUUUUGAUCAUGAAAAUCGAUAAAUGUCUUGAAAAGAAAUUCCAUUUUAAUAAGAAAACUUCAAUAAAAAAUUGUUCAAUAUUAGAAAAAUAGA